AUGAACGUCAACUCAAACCAGGUCGAUCCGGCCCAGCACCCCCUCCGCGCCACGGCCAUGGCCAUCGGCAGCCAGGUCACGGGCGAAAGGCGGGCCCCGCGCGUGAGCCACAUGCAGAGCGCCAACGAGGGGCCUGCCGACAUUAUCGGCAAGGUGUCUGGGGCGGUGCCUGGCGGCAAGCGCGAGGACGAUGGCGCGUACUUUACGAAUAAUGAGGGCCACCCUCUGCCUGAUCCUGCUCAUAGCAAGACGGUGGGUGGUAUUCCGGUUGCCAGCGACAUUCAUCUUUUCCAGAAGCAGCAGACCUUCAACCGGUCGAAGAACCUUGAGCGCAUGGUUCACCCGUGUGGCUCCGGGGCUUUUGGGUUUUUUGAAUGCACCCACGAUGUGACCGACUUGACGAAAGCAGACUUCCUCUCCUCCGUGGGCGAGAAGACUCCCGCGUUCGUCCGUUUCUCUACCGUCACCUUUGGUCGAGAGUUCCCCGACGAGGGCCGCAAUCCUCGCGGCUUCGCCAUCAAGCUGUACACGAUGGAGGGCAACCAGGACAUUGUCGGGCUCAACUUUCCCGUAUUCUUCUGCCGUGACCCGCUCCAGGGCCCUGAUGUCAUCCGCUCGCAGAGCCGCAACCCGACCAACUUUCUGCUCGACUUUGACGCGCUCUUCGACCUGCUCGCCAACACGCCCGAAUCGAACCACGCCGGCCUCAUGUUCUUCAGCGACCACGGCACGCCGCAGGGCUGGCGCUUCAACCACGGCUACGGCUGCCACGCAUUCAAGUGGGUGAACAAGGAGGGCAGGUUUGUCUACGUCAAGUACCACUUCAUCGCCAAGCACGGGCAGAAGCAGUUCACCGACGGCGAGGCCGUGCAGAUGUGCGGCGAGGACCCGGACUACUCGAAGCGAGAUCUCUGGACGGCGAUUGAAAAGGGCGAGGCGAUUGAGUGGACGGCGCACGUGCAGGUGAUGCAGCCCGAGGAGGCCGACGCCGACAAGCUCGGGUUCGACCCCUUUGACGUGACCAAGGUGUGGCCGCGCGGCCGGUUCCCGAUGCGGCCGUACGGGCGCCUCGUGCUCAACAAGAACCCGGAGGACUUCCACCGCGACGUCGAGCAGGCGGCCUUCUCGCCGGGCAGCAUGGUGCCGGGGAUCGAGGACGCGCCGGACCCGCUGCUGCAGUUCCGCAUGUUCUUCUACCGCGACGCGCAGUACCACCGCAUCGGCGUCAACCUGCACCAGAUCCCCGUCAACUGCCCGUUCAUGGCGCAGUCGUACGCGCCGCUCAACUUUGACGGCGCCCUGCGGGCCGACGCCAACCACGCCGGCAACAAGCAGUACGCGCCCAACAGCUUCGCGCACAAGUUCCGGCCCGACGCGGCCGAGGCGCCGUACGCCGUCGGCGACAGCAUCGUCAGCCGCCGCAGCCACUUUUGGCACGAGGGCAAGCGCAACGACUACGACCAGGCGACGGCCCUCUGGACCAGGGUCAUGUCGCCGCAGGCGAGGCAGAACACGUGCCACAACACGGCCAAGUACCUCGGCCUCGUGCAGUACCCGGAGAUCCAGGCCAAGUACCUCGCGCAGCUUUACAACAUCUCGCCCGACUAUGCGCAGGGCGUGUUUGAUCGCCUGAGGGAGCACGCGUUCUCCAUGGACGAGGUCAAGGCCAAGGCCGAGGAUGCGCACACGUGGUACCGGGAGAAGAAGUUUUUGCCCUCGCACGAGAGCAAGCUCGCGGGGUAUCCUGUUUCUGGAUACAAUUAG